UUUGCGCCGGCAGCCGUGGCAGGGAGUGUCGUACUGCGCAUGCGUGGUAACCUCGACGAUUGUCAAAAUUCGAACGAACGUAAAUAAACAAGUGAAAAUUUAAUUUGUGCCAAAACUAUACGAUUUUGUAUUUAGUUAUUUAUACGGACAUAUUGAUAGUGACAUUUUAUUGUGAGAUAUUGUGCAACGAAUUUGCGAAUUUUAUAAAGUGAUGAACAAACGACAUUGAACAAAAAUGCAUCUGCAAAUAGUUUUUGCUUUAAGCGCUAUUUUACUCUGUGAUGCUAAACUGCCAAGAUUCAAGCCACAGGCUCAGCCCAAUGAACUGCCAGCAAAUCCUUUAUAUUCACAAGCUUUAGGGCAGCUACAAGCUCAAUCAAAAACAGAAAAGACUAGUCGAAUAGUUGAUCAGUAUCGAGUGCGGCAUCGGAGAGAGACGUUCGAUUCGAAAUCGUAUGAAUCGAGUUUGACUUGGGCUCACUCGGAGAGGCUAGACCAGAACGGUGAUGUGAUCCUCCGAUGGGUGAAUACAGACACGAGUAUUACGUUCAGACUGGAGGCGAGGACUCGUGGUUACGUCGGUUUGGGUUUCAAUUCGGCGAGGAACAUGAGAGGAGCUGAUUUGGUAGUCGCUUGGGUGGAUGACAGGAAUGGCAACGCGCAAGUUUUGGACUGUUACGGCUCAGAGUUCGAAGAUCGAGCGAUAGCAGAUGACGUGAAGAACUAUGAGCUCAUAUCUGGAUACCAGAAUGAUACCCACACUACUGUGGAAUUCAGGAGACAGUUGGACACGUGUGAUAAACAGGACUUUGUUAUUGGGGACGAGACAACACAAAUCCUUUGGGCGUUAGGACCGGACGGUUCUGAUGGGCAGUUACCCAAGCACGUGAAGAGUGGAGCCAGGCCGUUGAGACUGCUGCAGCCGGUCUCGAAGCCUGAGUCCAUACCACUCAGCCAUUGGGAUGUUAGACUUACUAAUCUCACAAUCCCCUACGUAAUGGCAACAUUAUUCUGGUGCAAAAUCUUCAAAGUUCCUGACCUACCCAGAAAGCAUCAUAUCGUUGGAUACGAACCCUUAAUCGACAGCCGGCCUAUCAGAAACAAUGUACCCGUGUUAGAACCUAACAGCAUGUCUCCGGUCCAUCAUAUGGUGUUAUAUGAAUGUGCUGAUGAUGAUGAUAAGCAUCUGUGGAACGGAUGGGCUGAAGGUGAUGGGUAUUUUGGACCGAAUAAGCCGAGCGCUUGGGCUACUUGUGCUACUCCCAUUGCGGCGUGGGCGAUUGGUUCUCAAGGUGAAUUCCUUCCUGAAAACGUCGGCAUACCGCUGGGCGCGAAAGGGGGCGUUUCCUACUACAUGCUCGAAGUUCAUUAUGAUAACCAGGCACUUCAUAAUGUACUGGACAGUUCAGGCAUCCGCGUCCACUACACACCUACACUGCGUGAACACGAUGGCGCUCUCCUAGUCUCUGGUAUCGGAGUAUCAGCAUUACACGCGAUCCCGCCAAAACAGAAGCAGUAUAGAACCGUCGGGAUAUGCAGCACUGAAUGUACUAAAGAGAUGUUACCAGAAGAAGGUGUGAAUAUCGUGUCAGUACUGCUUCACGCUCACUCAACUGCGAGGAAAAUAUCUUUGAAACAUAUCAGAGGCACACAAGAACUUCCCAGGAUAUCAGAGGAGAAUUUCUACGAUUCACAUUACCAACAAUCCCGUAUUGUUCCCCGUGGAAGGAAGUUUAUGAAGGGAGACAGCUUGAUCACAGAAUGUACUUAUGAUAGUACUUCAAAAGAUAAACCCAUAUUGGGAGGCUAUUCGGCUAAGCAGGAAAUGUGUCUAUCCUUCAUCCUAUACUAUCCAAGAACAGAGUUAGCUGGUUGUUACUCCAUGGCGCCCGUCAAGGAAUUCUUCGAAACAUUUGGAGUGAAAGAGUUUUAUGGACUGACGUUCGAUCAAAUUGAGAACAUCUUUUUGUCUUCAGGAAGCUUCGAGAACCUUCCACCCAUGCCGCUAACAGAACUGGAAGUACAGAAACAAAUGAACAACGAUACUGGUGAAGAACAAGGAGUACAGGGUGACGACCAAGGCGUUGGCUUGAUGAAGGAGCUAGUAAUCUGGGAACCUCCGGAAUUCCGCAACAAAUCAUUCAUGGCGCAUCUGAAUGAGAUGCCGUGGGCUGAACCAUUGCUGACGGAACAAAUCGAGAAGACUUUAUACAAAGGAAUGCACAUGACUUUCUGUAAGAAGAGGGACGAUUCGUGGGCUGUGCCAAUGCAAAUCCAAAGCUACCCCAACUACACAGAAGUGAUGAGCAACGAAACAGCCGAGAAGUCCUGCCAUUAUAAAAGCGUAAGGUUGCCCUCAGUAACCAAGACUUCUGGUUCAACAACCAGCCUAGCCAGUUGGUUGGUUGUCGCGAUAUGUGCUGUGUUGGUUGUCGCCCGGUAAUACUGAUGUUGUUUUUUUCGAAAGAUGGGUAUAGACAUGAGAUUUUUGCCUUUUUUUUAUUUGGCAUUUAACUGUCUAGUGCUGUUUUUUCCAUUUUUAUAAUUAUUUAUGUAAUUUUGGUUUUGUUUCUUAUUCUUCUGUCGCUAUUUUUGUUUUCAAUCAUUCUUCAUAAAUUAUUAAAUGGCAAUACUUAUUAAUAGUGCCUUAAAUUUUUCCGUGCCUUACAAUCAUGUCAUCCUUUGUCCAUAAUUGAGAUUUUUUACUAACUUUUUCGCAUGUCUAUACCCAUCUUUAUCUGAGCCAAUGAUUUCGUUGUUUUUUUUAUUUAUUAUUAUUUUUACUUUUUAAAUGUUUUCGACCUACAAAUAAAAUAGUAUUAUUCAGCCAAAUUAUGUAUCAUAAUUUGCGAAUACAUGUACAGUUAUUUUUUAUGUAUGUAUUGUUAGGUCAAACUGUGUAACGGUUAUAUUUUAUAACUUAAUUAAGUACAUCGAGUGAAUGUUUUUUUUUUUAUUUUUUAUAAUGUGAUGAUUAUUGUACUUAUGUGUGUUGCUCGAAUCUCGAGUUGUACCAAGAAGGUAUAUUUUGUUUUUGGUAAUAAGUUAAUGUCAUCUAAACCCAGUGAAGCAAUAAUAUUAUUAAUUGAAAUUAUGAUACCUGCUUUUGUGUUGGACUUUCUGGUCCUUAGGCAGCUAUAAUAAUUCUAAAAGGAAUUGAGAGAAAGCAGUAGACUCCAGUCUAAGAAAUGAGUCUUUUAGACACCACAUAUUAAGUCUUUCUGGCUAUAAUUUUGUCGUACACCAUUGUGCAAAUAAAUAGACCCAGUGGGUUAUCUAUGGUGACCAGAUUUGUUUGUGGUUCAUUCAAGUCAUGUUUACUCGCCGUGUAUUAAAUAUACCUACUACAAUUUAUAUGCAAUACAGUGUAGGGAGUACGUAUUUAUAAAUAAAAUAUGUGUGUCCGUUAUAAUUGCUGUAUAAUGUGCUUUAAUUUUUUAAUAAUUAUUAUUGCAUUUUGUUUCUUCUAUGUAUUCGUUGAGAAGUUUUGUUCAAACAUUCAUUUAUUGGAAAUUUCUUUCAACGAACCAAAUAAAUUGUCCUAUUAUUGUAACAUUCACAUAUUACAGUAAACAAUGAUUAUCUAAAUUAUUCUUCUUAUGUAUAGGCAUUUAUUGUGAAUUCCUAUUACUCUAUUUUAUAAUAAUUUCCACAAGUUAGUUAACACAUUUAGGGCUGUGCUUACUUAGCUCUGUAGUGCCUUGAUGUCUAUACAGUCAAAGCCUUAUAAAGUAGACUAGGAAUAUACAUGUCACGUCAUUAGUAUGACGUCAUCAUUUUAUACAAAGUGAAAUUACUGAUUAGGCAACACCAUUACCAAAUAUCGUUCGAUAUUUGAAUUAUGAUAUUUUUGUACAAUAAUUAAUAAUUAUUAUACUUUUAUAAAAAUAUUUUUAAACAUCUCAGUACGGAUGUCAAGUUAUCGAGUCAAAUAAAAUGAACAAUUGAUUGCAUUUUACUAUUUUUAUUUAUAUUCAAUCUUAUGAGGUUUUAGUAAUAAGGUUACGCUUAGUAAUUAAGUUUUAUUUAUUUAAAAAAGUCAAUAAACAUGUUUUAUUAAAUUAAA